AUGUCCUCGUCCCUCGAGUCGCUCGUCACGUCUCUUGUCCCUCGUGCCAGGCAAGACGCAAAUCUAAGAAAAGAGCUCAUAUCGCAUUGUCAAGAGAUACUCAGCAGUCACAUAGGCCAGUCCGUGGAUAGUGACAUAGGACACUUGGCGGAUCUCGUGAAGCGCAGUUUGCUGCAGUCUACACCUGAUGGUACGACCGCCCUUCGCUUCACAAACCUUCUCUCGCGACUGCUGGAUCAGCAAAUACUAUCCAGGAAACAUGCAUCCCUGCAGUUCCUCCACGCUCUGUCAUUAUCACCCAAAGUUUCCUCAAUAUCUCCCGCUUUUCUCCCUUCGCUUGCACCACCACCACCGCUUUCUAGAACAUCAACAGCAACACUCACGCCUGUAGAUCCAACGCCUCCUGCAAAGCUGCCGAAGGGCAAGUCCAAGGCAGAGCUCUUGAGGGAAUACCGAAACAAAAUCGGGCGACCUCAUUUGCCCGAGCACCUCAUCCUCCGAGAUACUCUAUAUCUGCUGCAAGGAAUAUCCGGAAAGUAUGUCCACUUCUCGGCGAGUACAGACCCGAACGGGAACAACGAACUCAUGUUCACUGACGAUCCGUCAUUUGUUAUCUCACGACCGACAAAAGCCCUCGUACACCGCCUGGCAGAAGUUGGACACCUAUACAUGCGCGUGGACGCGUUCGUACGUGAACGGGAAGGGAAGGUCGGCGUAGGGAUGAUCGAACAGAGCCUUUGCCACCAUCUUCAGACCCAACUCACCGAAUACUACCGUCUCAUCGCCGUCCUCGAAUCUCAGAUGGCCUCACACCCCAGCGAAGAUGACCCACCAGGGCAGGGUAGUGCGAACGCACGGGAGGAGACAGGUCUGACCCUAAAGAGGUUAGAUGUUUGGAUCGAGGAUUGGAAACUGCGGAUGCGCAUGAUGAGCGUUUGUGUGGAGGGUGCCAAGGGUGCCCAUGGUGGCGCAUUAGUGAAUCUCAUUCACGGAUAUGCGGACAACGGUGAUCCCUUCAUCCGCAAAUUCACCGACCAGUUGCUAGAUGAGGUAUCAAAACCUUUCUUCGCAACCCUUCACAAAUGGCUGUUCUCCGGCGAGCUCGUGGAUCCCUUUUCCGAGUUCUUCGUAGCAGUUGAUCCGGAGCUAGCUCAUCUCCAGUAUGGUCAGCCGUCACAUGAUGGUGUCGGUCCAUCCGGUGGUGAUGGGGGAUUCGGCGGCCUGGGAGACGGAGAGGAUCUCUCGGGCGAGCGCGAGGGUGAAGACAUGCUACCUGCGUUUGUUGGAGAGGUCUUCGGUAGGAAGAUCUUGUCGACGGGGAAGAGCUUGAACUUCAUUCGCUAUACUUGCCAUGACAGUGAUUGGGUCGCGACGCAAGAGAAGAUCAGCAACACUGGUGGCACCCUCCAGUAUAGCGAUAUCGCCGGCCUCGAGCGUUCGAUAGACGCCGCGUACCAGAUUGCCAGCCAAAGAUUGUUCGAAGUGUUCUUCGAAAUCCGCCAUCCGUCUUCGAACGCACAGAAUGAUCCUCCUGAUGUCUUGCGCCGGCUGGAUGCUCGCAUGCUUGAAUACUCUCAUGGCGAGAUCGGCUGGGAUGUCUUCACUCUCGAAUACAAGGUCGACGCGCCCAUCGAUACCGUCCUCGAUCCAGACGCCAUAGUGAAAUACCUCAAGCUCUUCAACCAUAUUUGGAAAAUCAAGCGGAUCGAAAGCACGUUGACGAAGGGUUGGAUGAGGAUAGCAGGUGGUGCACGAACGUUCUUGCAGGUACCAGAGCUCAACUUCGACUGGCAUCAGAUUCGCAUUGUCAUGGCGGAGAUGAUCCACUUCAUCCGCCAGAUGGAGUCAUAUUGCCAACUAGAGGUAGUCGAGUGUUCAUGGAAGAUCCUCCUGGAGUUCAUCCAGAAAAGGGAGGGCGAUCUCGAUACACUCAUUGAAGCCCACGGGGAAUAUCUGGACCGCAUGGUGAAGAAGGUUCUGCUGCUCAACCCGAAAGCCGGGCGAGAAGAGAACUUGCUGAAUCAAGUGCGGGACGUGUUCGCGAUCAUCCUACAGUUCCGGGAAGCUACAGACGACUUUUACAACUACGGUCUAUCCGAAGCAGCUCGGCGAGAUUCAGAACGAGACGCUGCGAGAGGUGUCGUCACCACCAUUCCAUCUUCAACUAGCAAGCACCAUGACCCUGAAGUGGUCCACGACAUCUUGACCCGCGUCAAGGAGUACAGCACCGCAUUCUCGGAUCGGGUGCAAACCAUCGUCCAAGCUCUAUCCGUCCAUGCUGAUCUUGAUUGUCGCUUUCUUGCUAUUCGGCUGUCGUUCUCGGACUUCUACAAAGGCCGCAAAGAACCUCAGAAAUCGUAG